AUGGCUCUUCGCCAGGGCGGCAGCAGCAGCAGCAGCAGCUUGUCCCCGCCAUGUUCGCUGCGACAAGCUGGCGUUAUCAGGGAACAAAGAAGGCUAAUCCUGGUUGUUAUAUUCUACUAUCAGCACAUGACGUGUGACCUCGAACGCCCUUGUACCAGAUGCAUCAAGCGAAACAUUGGGCAUCUCUGUCACGAUGAGCCACGAGAACAUGAAAGCAAGAAGGCCAAGAGCGCUCUUGGGACGUCGGCGGACGACUCCGAGCACCAGACAGAUACGACCCAGACCUCGCGCGAUACGCAAGCGGCCGCCAGCACGAUGGCAGCGUACGAUGGUCGAAUAGACGCAGUCGGAACGGGUCUUGACAACGGUGCCGCGACGGCUGUCCUAGGCCGAGGGAACCCCUUACUUGUGCAACAGUCGCCGUUGACAGGGGUUCGACCAAAUGCAAUGGGUUCUGAGAACCUAAAUAGCUGUAAAGUUCCCGGGUUCUCGGAUGGCUGGAUAAAUCAAAGUCACUUCCAUGAUAUGCACGGCUACCAUCCAAGCUUCAACUUGAUAACGCCCGAGGUAACGAACGAGUUCAAUCUCCUGAGCGACUUUCUAAACGGAAGCCUGCUGGAAGAUGGCUCGCUGCUGCAGGACGAACAGUCGCAAACUCUGCCGCCUGGAACGGCUCAGGCCGAUACAAUUGUUUCUUCCUUCCUAAACAGCAACGGUGAGAAUUCCACAACCAUGAACGGCACAGAGAACAGCAUGCUUCCACCAAGUGCAAUACCACAUCAAAAAGAAUCCCUGUCGACGUCACAGGGUGAGCUGGGCAAGUCAAUAGCCCGUCCGUCUAGCACUGUCCCCAUAGAUAAGGCGCGUGAAUAUUACCUUCAAGCUGCAGAUCCGUCCGGUAACGACACGGCGGAGGAACGCAUGCAGAGGCUGCUCAAGGCAAAGUAUGAUGCGGGACUUCUCAAGCCUUUCAACUAUAUCAAGGGAUAUUCACGUCUCUCAAAUUAUCUCGACAGCCAUAUCGCGGCAACAUCCAAGCAAAAGAUUCUACGGCAGCUCGACCGAUUCCGGCCAAAGUUUCGUGAAAAGAUUCACGCUUUAACAGACAUUGAGCUUGUAUUUGUCGAGAUGUGGUUUGAAAAGACUCUUAUGGACUACGACCGAGUGUUUGCAAGCAUGGCAAUACCAGCUUGUUGCUGGCGAAGGACGGGUGAGAUCUUUCGAGGAAACAAAGAGAUGGCGGAGCUCAUCAAUGUACCGGUAGAUGACUUGCGAGAUGGGAAAAUCGCUCUUCAUGAAAUAUUGACAGAAGAGUCUGUGGUCAGGUAUUGGGAGGAGUUUGGCACCAUCGCCUUCGAUCCUGCGCACGACACGCUCCUGACGGCCUGUACACUCAAAAACCCCGACGACAAGUCGGAAUUGCCGGCAAUAAAGUGUUGCUUUUCUCUCAAGAUUCGAAGAGAUGACCAUAAAAUACGAAACAAUGAUAAUGAUCCUCACGGACAGACACUCAUGUCAGGAGACUGGAUUGCACCCUACCAAGGGAACAAGUUGCCACGUCACGAGGUGCUUUAG